AUGACGACGACGCGGCUGUCCCCGCGUCUCUUCGAGAAAACGCUGGACCUCUCCGCGCACCUCUCCCCGACCGCCUCCUCGCCGCCUACGCCGUUCGAUCACGCGGCCGGAUACUUCGCGCUCAACCGCACGCGCGCGGCGGAGAUGUUCUACUUCUACUUCCGAUCGAGAGACGCGGCGGCGGACGCCCCCGUCGUCCUGUGGAUGACGGGCGGGCCGGGCUGCUCCUCGGAGAUCGCGCUCUUCUACGAGAACGGGCCGUAUCGGAUCCUCGACGAUCUCACGCUCGCGGUGACCGAGCACGGCUGGGACACGGUCUCGAACCUGAUAUACGUCGACCAGCCGAUCAACACGGGGUUCUCGUACAGCGACGACCCGAGGGACGACGUCCAUGACGAGCGCGUCGUCGCGGAAGACAUGCUCGACUUUCUCUCCGAAUUCGUCGACGCGCACCCGGAACUCAGGCGCGUUCUCCUCACACUGGUCCCCAUACGACCGCGGCGCGAUUUUUACGUCACCGGCGAGUCGUACGCCGGGCACUACGUCCCCGCGGUGUCGUACGCGGCGUUCAAAGCGCAGCAGAGCGACGGCGUCGGGGUCGGGAUGCGCUUGAAAGGACUCGCGAUCGGGAACGGGCUGACCGAACCCGAGAUCCAGUACGGCGCGUACGCGGAUUACGGCUUGGGCGUCGACGUCGUCUCGAAAGCUGCGGCGGAGAUUUCUAAGAAGAACUACCCGACCUGCGCGAAGAUGAUCCGAAAGUGCGGCGGCGGCGCCGGGAGCGACGGCCCGACGCGCGAGAGCGAAGCGCGAAGGAAACUAUGCCUCGCCGCCGUCGAGUACUGCUCCGAGAAGGUGUGGGGCCCCGUGAUUAAAGACGCGGGCGACGUCAACGUCUACGACGUCCGCAAGAGAUGCGUCGGCGAUUUGUGCUACGACAUGUCGAACGCGGACAAGUUCCUGAACCAGCCCUCCGUGAAGGUAUCGCUCGGGGUGAAGCGCAACAUCACGUGGGAGGCGUGCGACGGCAGCGUGCAUCGGAACAUGAUGGCGGACUGGAUGCGCGACCUCGAGCCGACGAUUCCGCCGAUGCUCGAAGCCGGGCUUCGCGUGUUGAUCUACGCUGGCGAGGAGGAUUUCAUCUGUAACUGGCUCGGGAACCACCGAUGGGUGCGAGCGAUGGAGUGGAGCGGGAAGGACGCGUUCAACGACGCGCGGCCGGAGCCGUUCGUCGUCGACGGCGUCACCGGCGGCGACGUCACCGAGUCCGGGAACUUGGCGUUCUUGAGGGUGUCCCUCGCCGGGCACAUGGUCCCGAUGGACCAGCCCAAGAACGCGGUCGUCAUGCUGAAGCGGUUCGUAGCCGGCGAGCCCAUGAGCGGCGGGGAGUGGACGCCGAACGGUUCGUCUGAGGAGAAGGCGUUGUUACGGGGAAGAAAGGGAAAAGGCGGCGCGCCGAGGCGCGGCGGCGGCGGUGGCGGCGUCGUCACGUUGUGA